GCCGUUACCUCCGCGUCGUCCUCGUCGUCGUUCAGUCUUACCUUCACUUCCAGCAGAACUUCAUCUUCAAGCGAAUCCACGCGCCGUUUUCUUUUUGUUUGGCUUUCCUCUUGGCGGCUUAUCCUCAUCAUCGAUGGUGAUUAGUCGCUGAUUAAUUUCCCGCGAAUAAUCGUCCCCUCAGUGUUCACGAAGGAUGCGCCGAUCGUUGGGCAUGCAUCGAGGAUUCAACAGGUAUCAAAAGUGGCGCAAUUAUUGUAACAAGACUGUCCUUUGCUCGAACCUUCCGUCAAAAUCCAUAAAGUGAUGAAGAAUCCAUGAACCUCAGUGAGACUUUCUCGAGCGGGAAAGUUCUCAGUUGCGCUACAUGAACGCCAACGAUGGAUCCUGUUCAAACGUGGACUCCUCAAGCGAGGACAAGAAGGACAAGGGGGAAGAUGUCGAAAAUGAGACUGAAAGCGUCGAAGCGGAUGUGGUGACGAACACCAGCGAAGUGACGAGUCGCGAUGCCAAGCUCCUCGAAGAGGAACCGGAUUGCCCGGAAAGCAAAACCGAAGAACUGCCACCGACCCUUCACGAGCGAUUUUCGCGCGUCAAGCAAAUCGUGAAGGACGCUAUAGCUGCCCAUCAUACUUUCAUGAUUUACGGGAAAUCGCGGGUCAUUCGCGAUUGUAUGCUGAAGAGGGGAUGGUGCGAGAAAUUUUACCGCAGAAACAGCGCUGCCGACCAGCACUUCAACGUCGACGCGAGUCCCGUGGUCCUGCUGGCCGGCAUCGGCGACUUGAAGGAUCAGCAGAACGAACGUCAGUUGAUAUCGAGGAUGCUCACUAAUCACACUGUCGACUUCCUGUGGAACACGGGCUCCGAUUGGCCCGGCUGGCCCGCGCAGGAUAACAAAAUCACUGUGUUCAAUCGAUACUGUCGAGCGGGCUUCACGUCCAAGGUGGGCUUGUGCUCGAGUGUCCGACAAAUGCACUGGUAUUACGAAGCCGGAGUGGCCAACACUCUGUUCCCGCGCUGCUACAACAUAUGUCAGGACGAUCAGAUGCACGCCUUCGUCGAGGAUUUCCGACUCACAGGCUGCCUGAGUCUGCUGAAGUGGUUAGUAGCGAAGGUCAACGCCGAGGAUGAAAACGCCGUGCACUCGCCUAAUGGCACGAUACCCCUGAAGGCGCUCGACUUCGCGAUCAAGAGAUGCAACGACUACAUCAGCGCCAAGUCGCACGAGGACAUCGAUCAGGAGAGCGAGCGAGUCUGGUCUCACCAGUGGGACCAAUUUGUUGGCUGGUAUUAUCAGAUCGUCCACGGACAAGCUCUCUUCGUUCACGCCAAUGUACCCUUUAACAAAUACGUCCUGGCCUCGAAGCAUAUCCUGAGGAAGAUGAAGAGGCAUUGGCCGCAGCUCGACAUGGACGGCGUGAUGAACGUGUGGAUCCUCAAGCCAGGCAACAAGAGCCGGGGCCGCGGUAUCGUGCUGAUGAACAAGCUGGAGGACGUGGUGGCGAGGAUCAACCCAACGGGCAAGUCGGACGCGCGCUACGUGGUGCAGAAGUACAUCGAACGGCCGUUGCUGAUCCACAGCACCAAAUUCGACAUCAGGCAAUGGUUCAUCGUCACGUGCGCGCAGCCGUUGACCCUCUGGAUGUACAGGGAGAGCUACCUGCGCUUCUGCUCGCAGAAAUUCAGCCUGGACGACUUCCACGAGUCGAUUCAUCUGUGCAAUCACGCAAUCCAAUGCAAAUACAAUAACUGCGGCGACAGGGACCCCGCGCUACCCGCGGACAAUAUGUGGGACGUCACGGCAUUCAAAGAGUUCCUCAAAUCUCAAGGUCACGGGGAGGCAUGGGACGAGUUGAUCUACCCCGGAAUGAAGCAAGGCCUGGUGGGUUCGUUGUUGGCCAGUCAGGAAGCCAUGGAUCGACGGAAGAACAGUUUCGAGCUGUACGGCGCCGACUUCAUGGUCAUGGAGGACUUCUCGGUGUGGUUAAUUGAGAUCAACAGUCACCCGGACAUGAGUUACUCCACCAGCGUCACCACACGAUUAUGCCGACAAGUGAUGGAGGACACCAUCAAAGUCGUGGUGGACUUUCGGGAGGACAAGAACGCGGACACGGGACACUUCGAGUUGGCUUACAAGCAACGAAUGCCGAGCUGCCACCCGUACCUCGGCGCGGCCUUGUCGCUGCAAGGCACGCGCAUCACCACGUGCGAGAAAAGAUCAAACACGAAUCUGGAUCACAAGGUCAGCCUGAUCGCGAAGUCCCCGUUGACGAAGAAGAAGUCGCUGGUACACAGCAACAUCGGGCCGGUGAUCGUCGACUUGAUAGAGGAACUGGAGAUCCAGCUCGAUCAAGAAUUGUAUUCUUAUUACAACUUGAACUCGCCCAAGCUGAGAUUGGCAGUCCCGGCGACUGCGCCAGUGAAGUCCUCGAAGACGUCGGUUUUCGACGAAAAGGUCGAAACCGUCACGAGAAGCACCUCGGUCAGCACGACGACCAUCAAUAAGACGAAGUCGUCCACCAACGUCCAGAGCAAGCUGAUCAAGGCCAACAAGGCGAACAACGGGAAAAGCUCGUCGCACAAACCCGCACGGAAGCUGCGCACGUUUACGGGAACGGUGAACGGCAAAGCGGACACGAUGCCGACGAGGCAGACGUUGAUCUCGAAGAUCAUGGCUCUUCAGCAACAAUCGACGAGCAUGGCGCCGAAGUCUGAGAAGCCGGCGAGGAAGAACGAAGAGAAGAUCGUCAAGACCGCGAUGCGCGACGCCAUGAAGAAAUACAAGAGGAACGUGGCGAUCCCGGCGAAGGCGACGCCGCAGCCGUCCCUGUUCGCGGCGAAGGCCAAGCUUACAGCCACGUCGACGGCCGAGAGUAAAACCCGAAGUAGCUUCCCGAAGAAACAGACGUACCGUAAGAAGAACAAAAUCCUGACGGACAUCACUGACAUGUACGCCGUCGGUUUAAGCCUGACCAAAUAGUUCAAAGAGAGAAAGAGGAAAGGAAACAGGAACUCUAUUAUAUGAAACGCAUUCGUUACCCGUUAUUCUUCUCUUAUUGCUGUUGAUCGAUUCUUCAAUUCUAUCUACAAGUGAUCUAUGUAUACAAUUAAUAA